CCAACAUCUGAAAAGGCUCUUGAUACUGGUUUCACAUCUCUCUGCUGUUUAGAAAAGAGAGCUUUAAUAUUAUAUAUAUAUAUUUUUUUAACUGGGUGAAGUACCGUAAUUUUUCCUACACUAGUGAGGAAAUAACUGCAGUUGCAUUUUAGUGUUAAGGAAAAGGACCAUGGGGAGACAUGGGAUUCUGGUCAGUUUAAUAAUGGUUGGAUUUAUCAUCAAAGGUGUGGUCAUACAAGUCUCUGCAGAUAAAGCAGUUUUCACUGUGGGAAACCGUGGCCAUGAUGCGGUCCUGAAGUGCGACACAACUGCCGCAGACUGGUGGAAAGAUGGAAAUCUUAUAUUGAAAAACAGCACAGAGUUGAAUUUGGGUGCAGAAGCGGAUGACCCGAGAGGAGUUUAUAACUGCACUGGUGGAAAUCUUGUACAGGUGUAUUUCCGAAUGUGCCAGAAUUGCAUCGAGCUGGAUGCAGCCACCAUCUCGGGGAUCGUGGUAGCUGAUGUCAUCGCCACGGUCUUCCUGGCAAUCGCCGUGUACUGCAUCACCAGCCAGGAGAGUGGCCGUCACUUACGAGCUUCUGACCGACAGAACCUGAUCGCCAAUGAGCAGCUCUACCAGCCCCUUGGUGAGCGGGACAAUGAGCAGUACAGCCGCCUCGGAGUUACCAGGACCCGCAAAUGACAACAGAGUGCACCUGGGACCCUUGGCCCUUAUCCUGUCGCUUUCCACAUGGGAACCAACAAUACUGGGGAAUCCUGCCACCUUUGAAGCAGCCCACAAAGCCUUCACGCUGCAGCUUGGUGCCAGAAACCAUGGUGAUGGGCAUCUCACUAAUGUGUCUAAGAAAUGGAUGAUCUCUGCUCGCAGGUGAUUCUGGGCCCUGCUUGUCUGAAAUCCCUCUGGCUCCCUGCAGUGCCAAGGGUGCUUGUAGAGCUCUCUGCUCUUUGUGAUGCUUUUGCUUUGGCAAUAAAGAGGCUUUGCCCAGGCUGGUGAGAGGA